AUGGCAGCCCUCUCUGCGAAGAAAUUGUCUACAACGACAUCGACACGACGAGUACCUUUAUCGACCAUUGAAGAUGGCAUACGAGCGAUCAGUCAUGCAUUGGAGCUUCCUGAAGAUGAAGCGCGCGAUAUCAUCGAGGUAGCAACAAAUCAUGUUGAGAGGCACGGAGAAUUUCAAUGGCAAGAAGUUUGGCCCGAUACGGCCAGCGUGGUGAAGUUUCAGAAGUCCGGUCAACAGCAAUUGUUGAACAUGGCGAUCGCCUUGGCUUUCCUGCGAACAUCCGCAGAAAGAGAAACCAACCUGUCUGUGGUGGAUCUUGAUAUCAUCUGGGGUUUUGUCAGAGACGUACUCCGGGAUACAGCUUUGACUCAGAGCAUAACACAUUGUACAGAUGGGUCGCUCGGGAUCCCUCUGUGGAUCGACAUUGUGGAUGAUCAACCAUCUGAAUUGAUCGGUUUGCAUGUGUGGAAGCCAGGUGGAUCGCGAGUCGGCCCAACCUCGGUCAUGUAUACUCAAACUCCAUUCACUGCAAGUUGGACAAUUGCCGGCGGAGGUACAGAGUAUAUCGUCAAUCCAACCUCAAGUCCGCCUAGUGGGAAAGAAAAUGCUGAAACAUCAAAGCUGUCCACACACAAGCAGAACUUCUAUGUUUUCGGAGAAGGUCUUCAAAGAACAGAAGUCGAGCCUGCUGCUCUCUAUGCGAAGCUUGUACUUUACGAUACGAGUCGUUGCAAUACUCCCGGUGCACAAUCUUUGAGAGCCGCCCCUCACCAAACGUCGAUUAUUCAAGAUGAGAUCCCUCAUAUCAUGGUGACCGACAUCACCAUGGCCAUCACCGAGUUCAGGAACUGGGAAGAGCACCAACUGCCAGGCCAGCAACAUUCGGAAGACGGAGAAUGGGAGGAGGCACUUCGACUGUAUCGCAAUGCCGAACAUAUUUGCCAGUCAAGUGAAUGGCUACAACAAUCUCUGUAUGCGUACAUCACUUCCAGUACCAUCAGCAAAAUGUAUCGAAUGCUGGGCCGCUAUGAUGAUGCUCGCGAACUUUUGGAAAAGAUCGUUUUUGAUACGCCACAAUCGAGCGCCCGUGUAGAUUGUGCUGGAGAGCUGGCUAUGGUCUAUCGCCAUAUGGAUCGUCUGAAUGAUUCGAAACGAGCUGCUGAAAGCCAGUACGAUGACGCGAAGCAACUCAAUCUCAAGAAGUUUGCGUGUCGCGCGAUAGGAAACGUCGGCAGGGUCAAUUACCAACUUUACCUAGAGAGUGAUCCCAAAGAUAACAACUUGCUGGAAAUUGCGAUCAGUCAACUCAAUGAACGCAUCGAACGAGCGCGAGACAUCAGAGAUGUCGUUCUUGAGGCGAUCGGCUACUCGUGUCUAUCCCUUUGCUAUCUUGCUAAAGGAGAGUUCCAGAAAGCUAUACAGGUAGCGAGGGAGAACUUCAGACUUACAGGCUUACAGAAGGAUGCGACGAAGGUAGGAUUUGCUGGAGCAUUUCUGGGUCGCGCGCUGCUUCUGGCCGGUCACAAGGAAGAAGCCCUAACAUAUUUCACUCCUACGUCCGGCUGUUCUCCGAUCAUCGCACUAUGUAAAGAGAUUUCCAAUGAGCAUCGGAAAUACAUAGUGGAAAUGAUCGACGCCGGUGCAGACCUGAAAUUUCGAGACGACCAGGAUUAUUCAGCUUUGGAAUGUGCAGUCUACAAUGGUGACGAUGAGACAGCGAAGAUCAUUGAAGAAGGGUUGAGGAACCAGAUAAGACAAGAAGGUGGUGAUGUUGAUAGUCAGAUGGCACGACUCAUAUAUGAAGCAAAUCUGCGGAAAGGGUACAGGGAUAUCUUCCAGGACAGACUUCGCCCAGUACUUCUCAAUGGAAAGGAUAAUCCAAUGCAGCAAGGUUUAACGCUACAUACGCUUCGUCAAACGUAUGCGUCAUGUUUGACUGAGGACAAGAGAAAGGAAGAAACUUUCGAUGGGUUAAAAUACGUACGCUACGCUGAUUUUGUGCGAGCAAAGCGGCUUCCACGCUCGAAUAAUGGAUACACACGCAGUCUUUCCGGUCGACAAGUCAACCAAUUUAAUCCAUUCAUUCUUUUCUUUUCGUACCGAUGGAUUGCCAAGGAUUCUCGAUCGUACUUUGACGACUUCUCACCAGACGACGAGAACUGUACACAAUACAAACGGAUGCUCAAUGCUAUUGAGAAGUUUCUGAAACUACACAGGGAAAUUGAUCGUGCCAAACUGUGCAUUUGGAUCGUAAGGAAAUGCGCUUUUAACGGCUUCCGAGAAUCUUACUUACCAUACUGUCAGGACUUUGCAUGUGUGGAUCAGGAUCAACAAGGACCAGGCGUUGCCGCGCUACCAAUGAAUCUUGCUCAGUGCAAUGCCAUGAUAAGCCUCAUUGACAAACAAUACUACGACCGAUCCUGGUGUUGUGUCGAAGUAUUGAUGGUUCAGACACUGAGCAAGGCGUAUGGCUUACACAUGUGGUAUGAACAUAUCAUUGAUCCUUCUUCUGGUGAAGGAUCGUUGCAGCCGGGACCGAUGGACCUUGAGAUUAGCAUGGCGGAAAAACAUGUGACACUUGAGGAGGAUCGACCAAAACUGCUAUUCUUAGAACGCCAAACGAGGCUCUUAGGAUAG